AUGCUCUCUUUGCGAUCUUGGCUCGAGCGUGAACCUGAUGCCGUAUUCUGUGGCCAAGCGACUGGGAUACACAAGUUCAAACCCACGAAAGUCUCCUUGGUUUUCGCUGACAGAUCGACCAAGUUCCCAGUCGGGCGAAACUUCCUAUGCACAGCUGGUGCAAUCAUUGACGUGAAGGGAGGAAUCAUUGAUCUCCAUCUGGGAGAUAUCGUCAUGAGGUUCGAGAUGAACAAACUCCUCAAGAAGCCAAUGUUAGAUGGGCAAACUUAUGUGAUUGAAGAUGGCUCAAACUUGGUGGACGAAGUGAGUGAGGAGAUGCUUCUUGACGACCCUCUGGAGGUAGCUUUGACUAAAGCUGAAGGCGAUAUGAUUUCCUGA